AUCUUCCUCCUCACCGCUGUUGUAGCGAUGGCCGCUGCGCGGCCACAAGACGGUCACGGUCACGACCAACACCACGGUCACGGUCACGCCAUCUCUUCACAGAGCAUCGUACUUCACCACACUCAGGAGAUUAAACACCCCAUUCACCACGAGGAGCACCAUGAAGAACAGUACCACCAACACCAUGAGGAACAACAUCACGGAGAGCACCAUCAUGAGGAACACCAUGGUCACGCCUCCUCUUCUCAGAGCCUCAAGCAGUACCACGGAAAGGCCACUGAGAAACACGUCGAGUACUACGCUCAUCCCAAAUACGAAUUCGCGUACAAGGUUGUAGACCCUCACACCGGUGACAAGAAGUCCCAGCAUGAGUCUCGUGAUGGUGACGUCGUGAAGGGCGUGUACAGUCUGCACCAGCCCGAUGGCUCGGUCAGGAUCGUGAAGUACCACUCUGACAAGAAGGCUGGAUUCAACGCCAACGUGCAUUACGAAGGUCACGCUAUCCACAUCGUUCCCGAGCACCACCACCAUCACUAAUCCUGUUCAAUCUUAGAGAAACAUUGAAAAUUGUUGAUACUUUUUAACCAACUGUUUUGAGGAUUGUUAUUUAUUGAACAAUGCAUGUGUUGAUUUGUAAAUAAUUUAUUUAUUUAAAAUUACAAUAA